AUGAAGGAGAAGAAGAAAGACAAAAAGGAAUUACUGUCGACGUCAGCGCGAGGUGUAUGUACACCUCAGCAGCAGACUUGGUUUUUCUCGACGCCCCCGGCCACGGCGACUUCGUCCCAAACCUCAUUGGCGUGCUGCUGCUGCGCUGCUGCUGCAGCUGUACGCUGCUGCUGCUGCUGCUGCUGCUGCUGCGAAUGGGUCCUUUGCUGCUGCUGCUGCUUUUGCUGCUUCUGGCGUUGCAUGGGUUGCGGGGUCCGCUGCAGCAGCAGCUUAUUUCUGCUGCAGAAGCUGCUUCUUGCUGCUGUGCGUGCGUUUGGUGCUGCUGCAGGCGGAAGCGAGCCGCAGCAACUGCUGCAGCAGCAGCAGCAGCAGCAGCAGCAGCUUUGCUGCUGUUGUCUCGGACGUGUGGCGCAGCGGGGACACACUGGUAAUGUCUUUUAA